AGUUUCGUAUCUUGGCCCGAAGAUGUCCAUUUCGGUGAAGCGGAGGACGGUGAUUCCGCCGCAGGAGCUGCUGAAGACGCUCACCCUGUCCGGCGAAGAGGAUCUGGACGCGCAGAUCAAGAACUGGGUGAUGUGGGACCGGAACGAGGCGACACUGCAACAAGUGACCGAGGCGGUGAAGGACCAGGAUUGGGCAGCCCUACGGGUGAGGCUGUGCCACAGGAUCACCUACUUAUCCACCGGUCUGAGGGGUGGCAUGCGGGCUGGCUUCGACUCGCUGAACGAUGUGGUCAUCAUCGAGGUGGCCCAGGGCAUUUGUGCCUACCUCCUGGAAGUCUAUCCGAGUCUCCAGAAGCGCCAGACUCAGGGCGUGGUGGUGGGCUACGAUGGCAGGUACAAUAGCAAGCGAUUCGCCCAGCUCAUUUCCACUGUGUUUGUGAACAACGAUUUCAAGGUGUACCUCUUCUCACGGAUGACUCCGACGCCUUUUAUCCCGUUCACCAUUGUGACCCUGAAGUGCUUGGCCGGGGUUGUGGUCACCGCAUCGCACAAUCCCAAGGAGGACAAUGGCAUCAAGGUGUACUGGACAAACGGGGCUCAGGCGAUGGCGCCGCACGAUCAGCGGAUUCACGAUUACAUGCUGAAAAACCUGGAGCCCAAACCUUCGUCCUGGGAAACUUCGUCUCUGCUCGAUAAUCAGAUGGUGGAGGAUCCCUACCGUCAAGUAUAUCCGCUUUUCUACGCCACACUUAAGAAGCUUGUGCCUCCGAUUUACCUGGAAACCAACGAGUGCAGCCAGUUGCGGUUCAUCUACACAGCACUCCACGGAGUGGGCUAUCCCUUCAUGAGGGAGGCCUUCUACCAGGCGCGACUGAAGCCCGUAAUUCCCGUGGCCGAGCAAAAGGAUCCCGACCCGGAGUUUCCCACUCUCACCAAGCCCAAUCCGGAAGAGGGCAGGGAAGUCCUGAAGCUGGCCAUCAAAAAGGCAGAGGCGGAGCACUGCACCCUGGUCCUGGCCAAUGAUCCGGAUGGUGAUCGCCUGGCCGUUGCAGAAUUGGAUCCGCGGGGUCGCUGGAAGGUGUUCAAUGGCAACGAACUGGGCGCUUUGCUUGGAUGGUGGGCUUUGGAGAACUACAAGACCAUGACGGCCAAGCCGGCUGUGUCCAAUUGUGUUAUGAUGGCCACUCUAGUCAGCUCGCGAAUCCUGGCGGCGAUGGCACGGACGGAGGGAUUCGUGUUCGUGGAGGCAAUGCCCAGUUUUUCAUGGAUUGCAAAUCGGGCCUUGGACCUGCAAAAGUCCGGAAGGACGGUACUCUUCGCCUUUGAGGAGUGUUUUGGCUACAUGUUCGGGAUGAGUCUGCCGGAUAAGGAUGGAAUCGGAGCCGCCAUGCAGUUGGCCACCAUGGCCUGUCACCUGCGCAGUACACGGAAUGUGACGCUGAUCGAGAAACUGAGGGAGAUCUACGACACCUAUGGCUACCACCCUUCGGUUUCGUCAGUGUUUAUGGCUGACAGUCCAGACACAAUAACGGCGAUCUUUGAAAAUUUGCGCAACUUUACGGAUGUGGGUGGCUAUCCAAACUGCAUUUUGGAGGGUGAAUUCGAUGUGGUGCACGUCCGGGACUUGACCACUGGACUGGAUACCUCCGUCGACGACAAGAGGGCCCGCCUACCCGUAACUCCUGAGGCUCAGUUGAUCACCUUUACCUUCACCAAUGGCUAUAUGAUUACCCUGCGAUCGGCGCUGAACGAUAUUAAGAUAAAAGUGAACGCGGAGAUCUGUGCUCUGCCGCAGGAGAAGGAGUGGGAAGAGCUCCAUGACAUGCUCAAUCGAAUGACCAACGCCGUGGUCGAGGAGUUCCUCAAACCCGAGGAGAACGGACUCACUGAUUCCUCAGCAAUUCAACAGCCCUAGUUAAUUAUUCUAUUUAUUUUUAUUAUUUUAUAUAAUAAAGGAUGGUAACAAACAAUUAUAUCAAGAUAUU